AAUAAUUAUUAACAUAUUAAUAUUAUAAAUAGUGAAAAAAAAUUAAAAAUGUCAAACGAUUAGUUAUUUUGUUUUAAAAAAGACUGCUUCUGGAGUAAGAGUAAAGUAGAUGAGAGACUUAAUUAUAUAAAGGCAUAAAGAGAAUUAGGAAUUAUUGUUGUAGAUGAAAAACCUUUGUGUUUAUUUUACAAAUCUAAAACCAAAUUAUAAAGAGAUUAAAAAAUUAAAUGCAGUGAAGAAACUCUUUGCUAAGUUCAUUAUUUUUAAAAGAAAAUAAGUGGAGAAUAAUGCAAAGAGUGCUAAAAAGAGCAUGAUUAUGAUAAAUUUUAACCUGAGAUGGUAAAAACAUACUUAGAUAAAAAAAGAGAGAUAUAAAGUUUGGAUAAUAAAAAUGAGCGUUCCUAUGAUUAUUUGAGUUCAUAUUUGAGAUACGAACUCUAAGAUAGCUAGUAACAUAAAAUUUUGUAAUAAAUAAUUUAAAAUGAGAAGAAUAAAACAAUAGAUAAUAAAAAGAAAGUAAUCGAAAAUAAGACUAAUUAAGAUGCAUUCACAUUAAAUAAAUGCUAUGCAGAUAAUCUUCCUAAUGUUCAGAUUGUGUCUUAAGAUGAUAAAAAAGAUUAAUCUUAUGCUUAAGUGAGCGGCUUUGAUAAUAAAAUGAGUUAUGACAAAGGAAUAAUACAAUUACUUAAAAGAUACUCAAAUAAUAAGUGA